AUGGCAAGCUCAACAGACCCGGUGGCGGCGAGACCUCGCCAACAAGAAGGGAGCUUCGGUUCCAAUGAUGAUCUUGGUAUUUAUGAUGAUGCAAAAACCUAUUAUACCUCAGACGAGCGGCACACGAACCGAUUCCACAAUCGCUCGCGUACAUUCUCCCAGAAUGGCUUGGUUCAACAGUUCGAGCGCAUGGGACUGGUAGAGCCGCAUAGACGAGGGAGUCAUGAUGAGUCAAGCAGACCCCACUCACGCCAAUUCCUCGUCGAUGUGGACCACACGCUUGAUAGUUUGGCAAAGCAGGAGGAUACCGAUGGAAACAUGCAGAUUACCAUCGAGGAUGCGGGCCCCAAGGUCAUCUCGCUGCGAACAGCAGGGUCUGGUGGCUAUAAUCGUUUCGACAUCCGGGGAACAUACAUGCUGUCGAACCUACUGCAAGAGCUAUUCAUGGCGAAGGAAUUUGGCCGGAAACAAGUCAUCCUUGAUAUUGGUCGACUAAACGAGAAUCCCGUCAACAGGUUAUCUCGCUUGAUCAAGGACCAGUUCUGGGAUGGGUUGACGAGACGGAUUGAUGCUUCUUCCAUCGAGAUCGCCGCAAAAGACCCCAAAGACUGGACUGAUGAUCCGCGUCCGAGAAUCUAUAUUCCCCCUGGCGCUCCCGAGCAAUUCGAGUUUUACCGGAAAGUGGCACAAGAGCGACCCGAGCUUCGAUUGGAUGUCCUUAUGUUACCUGAGAAGAUAACUCCCGAGAUAGUAAGAAACAUGAACGCCAAACCCGGACUUCUUGCUGUAGAGAUGGAAGAGAUCGUGGAUCCCCAGACAGGCCAAAAGAUACUCCGUGGGCUCCCUUUUGUAGUUCCAGGCGGCCGCUUCAAUGAGCUUUACGGCUGGGACAGCUACAUGGAGUCGUUGGGACUUCUUGUCAACGACAAAGUGCAUCUAGCAAAGUCUAUGGUCCGGAAUUUCUGCUUCUGUAUCAGGCACUACGGAAAGAUUCUCAACGCAACGAGAUCGUACUACCUUUGCCGAUCACAGCCGCCUUUUCUGACUGAUAUGGCGUUGCGGGUUUACGAAAAGAUUAAACACGAGCCAGGAGCAUUGGAGUUUCUCCGCAUCGCGUUCUUGGCAGCGAUCAAGGAGUACUAUUGCGUUUGGAUGUCCGAGCCCAGGUUGGACCCGAAGACUGGGCUGUCCAGAUACCGUCCUGAAGGACUAGGCGUGCCUCCUGAGACCGAAGCCUCUCAUUUUGUCCACAUCCUAGCACCUUAUGCGAAGAAGCACGGCAUGACCUUUGAGCAAUUUGUGCGAGCUUACAAUUAUGGAGAGGUGAAAGAACCGGAGUUGGACGACUACUUUCUCCACGAUCGUGGCGUCCGAGAAUCCGGCCAUGACACAUCAUACCGACUGGAAGGAGUCUGUGCCGAUCUCGCUACCAUCGACCUGAACUCCCUGGUCUACAAAUACGAGAUGGACAUCUCCCGAACCAUCCGCAACGUUUUUGGCGACAAACUGGAAAUUCCGGCUGAGUGGUGUAGCGGGGCAAUGAAACCAGGUCAGAUUGAGACGUCAGCAAUCUGGGACCGCCGCUGGAAGAGACGCCGGGCUGUCAUACACAAAUACAUGUGGAAUGAAGAGAAGGGCAUGUACUUUGAUUACAACACUGUUAAGCAACAACAGUGCAUCUACGAAAGCUGUACCACGUUUUGGCCCCUUUGGGCUGGAGUUCCUGACCCGGAGAAGGCUGCCAGAGUUGUCAAGAAGGCCGUGCCUAUGUUUGAGGCAGCUGGCGGACUCCUAUCUGGUACUGAGGAAUCUCGGGGUCAAACAAGUCUAGAAAGGCCCAACCGGCAGUGGGAUUAUCCAUACGGCUGGGCGCCUCAACAGAUGCUUGCUUGGACCGGUCUCUACCGCUACGGCUACCAGGAUCUCGCCCAGAGGCUAGCAUACCGGUGGCUUUUUAUGGUCACAAAGGCCUUCUUUGACUUCAACGGGGUUGUAGUCGAGAAAUACGACGUGACACGUCCUGUCGACCCGCACCGAGUGGACGCUGAGUACGGAAAUCAGGGGCUUGAUUUUAAGGGCGUCGCCAAGGAAGGUUUUGGUUGGGUCAAUGCCAGUUAUGUGUAUGGCCUCCAAUUUGUCAAUACUGAGAUGAAACGAGCCCUGGGCACGUUGACCCCAUGGGAGACAUUUGAGAAAGCACAACAGCUUAAGGAGGACAAGUUUCUCCAGAGCCUGGCAUAG